AAGUCUAUGGAGUUCACGGCUUCAUCAAGACAGACUUUAAUCUGCGUGUCAGCUUUGACUGGUACAGCUAUGCCAGGGUCAUCGUUCCCGACUCUUAUGCCAAUGCACUCUGUGGCCUCUGUGGUAAUGCCAAUGAAGAUCAGAAUGAUGACUUUCUCAUGAAAGAUGGAACACAAGCAGAGGAUGAAAUUCAAUUUGCAAACAGCUGGAAGCUGAAAGAUAUUCCUGGCUGCUCUUCUGGGUGCACCAAAAAUUGCCCAGUGUGCAGUGAUGAUGCUUCUACAAGAAAGAGUGGGCCUUUCAGGCAAUGCCAAGAUGCCAUUGAUCCUCAAUCUUAUUUCGAUGAUUGUGUCUAUGAUACCUGCGUAUACCAAGGUCACCAUGAGGCCCUCUGUAGUGCCAUCAGCUCCUACGUGACAGCAUGUCAAGCUCAAGGCAUCCAAGUUGAGGAGUGGAGAUCACCUUCAUUCUGCAGUAUUUCUUGCCCACCUAAUACUCACUAUGAGCUCUGUGGCAGUGGUUGUCCAGCCACAUGCAAGAGCCUCAUCUCACCACAGAAGUGUGAUGUUCCAUGCCUGGAAGGAUGUUUUUGUGACUCUGGAUUUAUCCGCAGUGGGGAUCAGUGUGUUUCAAAGGCCAAAUGUGGCUGUUUCGAUCAAGGCCGAUACUAUAAGCUGGGAGAAGAGUUUUAUCCCACCACUUCCUGCCAGAAAAAGUGCAUCUGCAUGGAUAACGCAGCCAUAGAAUGUCAAAAGUUCUCUUGUGGAGCUCAUGAGGAAUGCAAGAUUGUAAAGGGUGUCCAAGGCUGCCACCCCUUAGGCUAUGGAAAGGCCAUUGCACUGGGUGACCCUCAUUUCAUUUCCUUUGACAGAAGGCAUUUUGAACUCUAUGGCUCCUGUACUUACUCCUUAGCUCAAGUCUGCCAGCACAACCCUCGGCUCCAGAACUUCACUGUGUGGGUAGAGAAUGAGAAGCUUGGUGAUGGUCCUUUAGUUCUAAUCCACAAUCUGAAAGUCUUCAUUCAUGGUUAUACAAUCACCCUUCAGAGGGGAGUAAUGUGGCAGGCAAUGGUAGAUGGACAGUUGUAUACCCUGCCAAUGAAUGCAGCUGAUGGGAAAUUCUGGAUCACCCAAGAAGGGAACAAUAUCUUCAUCUACACAACCUUUGGCCUCACAGUCCUAUAUGAUACUUCUUCAUAUGUUCAGGUUUCUGUUCCCAGUACUUACAGGGGUCAUAUGUGUGGCCUGGCUGGCAACUUCAAUGGUGAUCCGAAGGAUGACUUCAUGCUACCUAAUGGAAAACUCACUGAAAAUGUGGAAGAAUUUGCGGCUUCUUGGAAGGUCCCUGUGAAUGGUGUAAUUUGUUCUGAUGGCUGCGGGGACAAAUGUCCCAUCUGCAACAAAGCCCAAAAGACAAAAUAUGAAGCUGAGAACUUCUGUGGAAUGAUCCCAUCCAAGACAGGUCCAUUCAUAGACUGCCAUUCAUUGGUGAACCCUGAGCAAUAUUUUGAACACUGUUUGAAUGAGGCCUGUACAACCAAUGAGGUUCAAGAAUCCCUUUGUCGAAGUCUUCAAGCCUAUGUAGCAGCUUGCCAGGCAUCUGGCGCCAAAAUUAGAGCCUGGAGAAGUUCUUCCUUCUGCCCUCUCACCUGUCCGGCCCACAGCCACUAUGAGCCAUGUACCAGAACUUGUGAUUCCACCUGUGCACUUAUCUACUCCAAGUCAGUGCUCAGGGAACUGCUUUGA